AAUCCAUGGGAAGUUUAUGGUCGAGGUGUAAUGCUUUCUGCAGCAGGAUUUUGUGGUGUGCAGGUAGUGCUAACAUUUGUAACUUUAUAUGGUGCUUUAGUUGCUGUCACGGUUACCACAUUCCGUAAGGCACUGACUAUUUGUCUCUCUUUUGUGGUCUUCAGUAAACCUUUUACAAUACAUUAUAUAUGGGGAGGUUUGCUGGUGGUAUUUGGAAUAUAUCUCAACAUCUAUGCAAAGAAAAAAAUGGGCUCAGUUUCUCUUUUCGUGUCUUUACAGCAAUUUUAUAUUCGUGUUCAGAGAAUGUUUGCUCCUAAAAUAAGUAGUAUUAAAGACAGUGACAAAGUAAUGUUGCAAGUCUAGCUGCUGUUAAAUCUAGAAAUUUCUGUGAUGUUCAAAUAUUUGUAAUAUAUAUUUUUGAAUGAUUUUGUUACCACUGUAGUGAAUAAUUUCCAUCAGAUUUUGAUAGAAUAAAUUCAUUUAUUCUGAGGCAAAUAAUUGACGAUUAUAAAUAAGCUAGCAUGAAUGUUUUAUUUAUAAUAUAUGUGAGAUUUUUUUUAUGUUGCGUAAGAGAUGUUUUUAUUGAAAUUUCAGUGCUAUAGUAUUGUUUAAUGAAGUAUUCAUGAAAAUGUUACACAUUUGUACAAUUUACUUGAAUACAUUUCUUUUAUUAGGACCAUUACACAUAGUUUAAGGCAGGGAAUAUAGAAUUAUGUAGACCUUAUAAUAAAAUAAAACUACCUAUAGUUUAAAAGGUGGAUAAUAUUUCCACUUAGUAAAAGCUCCCCAUCAAACAUACAUGCUUGCUUUCCAGUCUGGCUUUUGACAAGCUGUGUAGUGGUGCUUUUAAUGUAUCCUCAUCAUCAUCAUCAUCAUCAUCAUCAUCAUCAAUGCUUCCAGCUCUGAGUGACUAAAUGGGCUUCUGUGAAACUCCACCACUCAUGUCUUUCCAGUGCUUUAUUUUUCAUUCAUCACUCUCCACUCACCUACACCUACCUUUUCAGUUCUUAUCUCAGUAGGUCUAGGUCUUCUAACUUUCCUGGUGCCUACUGGAUCCCAGUUUACACUUAAAGAACUGACCUCCCAGGGAUAGUGUGAAGGACAUGUCUAAGCCAACUCCUUCUCCUUUGCAUUAUCAUCUAAACUUCUUAUGGAACUUAAAAAUUAUACCAUACAGGAAAUUAUGUAACUCUGUCCUGUCAUAUAUAUAAUUUAAUAUUCUUCUUGAAAGCUUUAUUCUCAAAUCCACAAAAUUUUCUAGAUAUUGUUUCCUUUUUACAUCGUGAUUCACAUCCAGAUAGUUACAAAUUUUUUGCUAGUUAUAUAUAAUCUUAUUGUAUAGUUUCAAUUUAUUUGAUUUCCAAAUCUUAUUCACCCUGCUCAUUAUUUGAUGUCUUUUAUUCUCAUUAAAUUCCAACUUGGGAAAACCUCUGCAUAUUAAUGUUUGAAAGAUUCAACCUCAUUAAUCCUUCCUCCAUCUUAAGUCAUCCCUUGGCACUCUUUGUUCACAUUACUUCUGUUUUUCUUAUAUUUAUUUAGAGUGCCUUUUCUGUAGAUAUAUGAUACAUUCUAUUAAGCAAGCAUUUAAAUGAUGUGUUUUUUUUAUUGAAACUGCAUCCUUUUUUGUCUCAACUUUGUCAUGAAUCUGAACCUCUCUUGAUCUCUAGCCACUUUUUUAAAUUCUAAAUUCUUUGGCAAGUGCAAACAGGAUAAGGGUAAUAUACUCUCUAGUAAUACCCAAUAUUUACUGCAAAUUAACUUGACAUCUGCCAUUCAUGGAUAAUUUCAGUUAGCUUUACAAAUUUUUCCAGAAUGUUAUAGUGAUGUAAAACCUUCUGUAGUAUGUACUGGUUUGUGGAUGUUGUCAACUGCCUCCCUGUAAUUAACCCUUAAACGCCAAAGCGGUAUUUUAAAAAUCGUCUCCCGUAUGCCAGCGACGUUUGCGAGUGAGCGCCGAAGCGGAAAAAAUGUUUUUUUCAAAAAAUCACAGCACGCUUAGUUUUUAAGAUUAAGAGUUCAUUUUUGGCUCCUUUUUUUUCAUUGCCUGAAGUUUAGUAUGCAACCAUCAGAAAUUAAAAAAAAAUAUCAUCAUAUAUAAAUAUUGGGAUAUAUGACAGCGCAAAAAAAAUUUUCAUAUAUAAUUGUAUACAAAUCGCACUGCGAGCAAAACGGUUAAAGCUAACAAGUUCAUUUUUUUUCAUUGUAUUGUACACUAAAUUGUGAUCAUUUUGGUAUAUAACACAUUGUAAAAUGCUCAAGGCAACACAGAGAAAAUAUUAUCACAAAAUGAUGCAUGAAUUAGUAACAAACGGACGUAAAAAAAAGCUGUUUUCAAAAAUUCACCAUAAAUCGAAAUAUUGUGCUAGAGACUUCCCAUUUGUUGCAAAAUGAAGGUAAUUGAUUGAAUAUUACUAGACUGUAAGUGUUGUAGCUUACAAUUGCAGUUUUCGACCAUUUCGGUCAAGUUUAAAGUUGACCGAAGGACGAAUUUUUUCUAUUUAUCGUUAUUUAUAUGAAAAUAUUUCAAAACUGAUAAAAGCUACAACCAUAGGUUGUUUUUCGUUGUAUUCUACAUGAAAUUGCGCACAUUUUCAUAUAUAAAACUUUAUGUAACGGCUAAUUUAAAAUGGUGCAAACAUUACGACAAUCGGACGAAAAAAUUUCUGAUUUUUUUGGAAGAGUUACCGUGCAGACAUAAGAAAAAGUUUAUUUCAUAAAUUCACCAUGAAUCGAAAUAUUAUGCUAGACUUCCAAUUUGUUGCAAAAUAAAGGUAAAUGAUUGAAUAUUACUAUAAUGUAAUAGUUUUAGCUUGCAAUUGCGUUUUUUGACCAUUUCGGUCGAGUCAAAGUUGACCGAAGGUUGAAAUUUUUGCACAUCGUUAUUUAUGUAUGAAAAUACUUCAAAACUGAUAAAAGCUACACCCAUGGGUUAUUUUUGGUUGUAUUCUACAUGAAAUUGUGCACAUUUCCAUAUAUAAAACUUUAUGCAACGGCUAAUUUAAAAUGGUGCAAACAUUAUGACAAUCGGACGAAAAAAUUUCCGAUUAUUUUCGUUAGAGUUACCACACGGACGUAAGGAAAAAGUUUUUUUUUCUUAAAUUCACCAUAAAUCGAAAUAUUGUGCUAGAGACUUCCAAUUUGUUGCAAAAUAAAGGUAAAUGAUUGAAUAUUACUAGAAUGUAAGAGUUUUAGCUAACAAUUGCGUUUUUUUACCAUUUCGGUCGAGUCAAAGUUGACCGAAGGUUGAUAUUUUUGCACUUAUCGUUAUUUAUAUGAAAAUAUUUCAAAACUGAUAAAAGCUACAACCAUGGGUUAUUUUUGGUUGUAUUCUACAUGAAAUUGUGCACAUUUCCAUAUAUAAAACUUUAUGUAACGGCUAAUUUAAAAUGGUGCAAACAUUACGACAAUCGGACAAAAAAUUUCUGGUUUUUUCGGAAGAGUUACCGCGCAGACGUAAGGAAAAAGUUUUUUUCAUAAAUUCACCAUAAAUCGAAAUAUUGUGCUAGAGACUUCCAAUUUCUUGCAAAAUGAAGGUAAAUGAUUGAAUAUUACUAGAAUGUAAGAGUUUUAGCUUACAAUUGCGUUUUUUGACCAUUUCGGUAGAGUCAAAUUUGACCGAAGGUUGAAAUUUUUGCACUUAUCGUUAUUUAUAUGAAAAUAUUUCAAAACUGAUAAAAGCUACAACCAUGUGUUGUUUCUUGUUGUGUUCUACAUGAAAUUGCGCACAUUUUCAUAUAUGUAUAAUACUCCAUUUAAUGGCUAAUAUAAAAUGGUGCAAAAAUUAUGUUAAAGUGACGAAAUAAUUUUUUAGUGCGAGAAGAAAGAAAUUCGCGCUUGCGCGCCUGGGUAACGAUUGUAAACAAAACAACGCCUUUAUCUGUGAGCUCCCAGCAUCCCCCAAGUCGCGUAAUUAAAAAGUUUUCGCCUAGUAGGCCUAUAACUAUUUUUCCGCGAAUUUUUAAAAAACUUUUUUAUAUCUACGUACCAUACGUCCAAUCGGCACCCAACAGACAAUUUAUAUCGACGUUUAAUACGUCCAAUCGGCGUUAAAGGGUUAAUCAGGCAGUCCCCAGUUAUUGGCGGACUCUGUUAGCGGUGAUCCUGUUUUAUGACGCUUAUCUAGCGCCAUUAAAUCAUCAAUUUAUGAUGCCAUAACGGUGCCAUGUAAAUUCCACCCACGAAAAUUUCUCCCAGAAAAUUCCACCCAUGAAAAUUUCACCCUUGUAAAAUUCCACCCAUGAAAUUUCCACCCAAAAAAGAUUUCUUUUAUAAAUGGAAAAUAUGGGAAAUAGGACACACAGGUAAUGUAAAAAAGUGAUCUUUGAAUUAGUUGAAAAUAUAAAAACACAGAUAAUGUAAAAAGCAUUUUUAAUCUUUGAGUUGAAAAUAUAAAAAACAAAAUUAUAUUUAAACAUUUUUAUAAGUUAAAAUCAGUUCUUAAUUCAACCUAUAUCAGAUAGUAGUAUAAACAGAAACAAACAUGAAAUUUUAUUCAUGCAAGUUAUAUGUUAUACCUUUUAAAAAUUCAAUAAUGCAUGAUGGUUCAUAAUUUUCAACGAGAUGUAUCAGGCUUUCAUUUACAAACUUGUAUUUUUUUCUUUUUUUAGCCGCAUCUCCUCAUCUUAAAUGAAUAAUUUUAGUUUAGGUAAGAGCCUCCUCAUUUUGGAGUGAAGAGCAAAGUGCCCAUAAAUUUUAAUAGAUACUUGUAGCAACACAAUUAAAGUACUAUUAAAACCUUCCACAUGAUUGUUCGUCCUCAGAAAGGCAUUUAGAGUAUGUUCAUGUACAUUCCACAAUUUGAUUGGGAAAAAGAGGUUCAACUCUUCGUCUCCGUUCCCCUCUUCCACGCUGAACACCAAUAUGUGGGUAUAUCUUCGUCAUCGGAAAGUAGUUCAAAACCAUCAACAACAUCAUGGAUGGGCAAAAAUGCCAAAGCACUAAAGCAUUUCACUUUCAAUGCAAACGAAGAGUCAGUAUUAUACUGAACCUUCUUACCUAGUUCACAAAUCUUAUGCCAGCAGGACUGACGUAAAUAAAAUCAACAUCCUGAUAUAUCAGCACUUACAAACACUGACGUGAAGGCAUUGUGCAAAGAUAAUUCAAAGUCCAUGAUGCAUUGCAUUGGUUUACUGUUUGGCCGUAGUUCAGAA